CGGGUUUGUUGCAUACCACUGGCACUCCCCUAUCCUCUUGUAACCUCGGGGGUAGGCGCCACUAGCGCCACCACGCUAGUUCCGGCUUCAUUUCAAAGCAUAAAACUGUUCGCGAGACUCAGUGCGCCGUGCGCGCUUCGAGGGAAAAGACGUGUGUGUUGUUUCUCUCCGUACGAAAAAACAUUUCCUUUUUUCGCUUUCGAUAAACCCAUUGACCGACCCUUUUUACACGUGACGUAAUUCGACGUUCGGUGUUUUCGCGAUUAUAUUUUUUGUUUCACUCGUCUUUUACUUUCAUCAAUUUAUUUUAUUUUAUCAAAACAAUACGGAAUAAACAUUGACAAAUAUAAAUAGACAGUUAUUUUUACUUUUAUGGACAGAUAUCACAGUUUGUUCUCUUAUUUUCCAUUCUCUCUCUCUCUCUCUCUCUCGUAUUUGAUUCGUCGAAAUAUUUGAUAAAAGACACAGAAAAUAAAUACCAAUGGCUUUUGUGAACGUGAGAAGAGUAUAUUCUUUGGUGAUGUUUCUCUUUCGAAAAAUCGAGAGAACGAGAGGCUCUAACAGCUGAAUUUUUCGUGAAUACUUUGAGCACACCAAACACCAGCGGGCAUCGUGAACAAAUAAAAGGGUUGCUGCUACUGCUGCGAGGGAGGAAGAAAGGAAGGAAAGAAGAUGAUGUGUUGGUUCCUUUUAAAAAGGAAGAAUUCAUAAUACAGAUGGAAAAAAGAAGCUCCAGGGCAAAUAAUUUCUUUCAUGCGAAUGAUUUCUUUGGGUAGUGGCAACAGAAGUCCGUUGAUUCGAACGUAAUUUUAUCUUGGCCCGAAUACGUUGUGAAGAUUCAACGACAGAGAAACGAGAAAAUAUAUAGAUAUAUAUAUAUAUAUACACCUAUAAGGUCUCGCCUUUAAUAAGCGAAUCCCACGAGAAAUUAACGGGCACCUAUGAAUCAGGAACGUGGGAUCAGCGAGUAAUAGUGGUCGUUGUAGCUCCUGAUCCCAAGGAACGAGAUUACCUUCGACGAGAGAAUACGUUCUCCUUGACCAACGACGACUAUGAGACGAUAGAUGGAAUCGAACCAGAUAUCUAAUAUUACGAUUUCUAAGAAAACUUCGAUAAGGAAGAAAAGUUUGAUUUCACGGAAACAUGUCACGUUUUUUAAAAAUUCGAGUUAAAAUGCGCCACAAAUGACGUAGAUCGUCAAUUGUGUGGUGGUCAUUGUUACUACUACUACUAAUAAUAUUCUCUCUCUCUCUCUCUUCCUCCAUUACCAAUGAGCACGAAGAUCGAAGGUAAAAUCCGUGGACGAAAGAAACGAUGGCUCGAGGAGGCUGGUGGAGGGGGGGAGGGAAUACAUAGGAACCGCGACUAGAGCUCGUAGAAAUUCGAGCACGGAGAGCCACGUAAAACCACGUCAUGGCGUUCUGACGUUUCCGUGACAGGACUCGGAAAUGGCGAUGCUCUGAGGAUAGCACGUUGAGAGUAAGAGAGGAAGAGAGAGAGAGAGAGAGAGAGAAUAUAUAUAUAUAUACGCGUGUUCAACUAUGUGUGAUCGCCAUCGCGCCGGAAACGUUGCUGCCGCUGCUGCUGCUGCUGUUGCUCUACUACUGCUACUACUCGUGAGUAGCUCUGAUCCUCGGGAUAGCAGUAAACGUCCGGGUCUGUUCGGACCGAUUAUCGUACCUGCAGACAAUUAUACGAGAGAGUCCUCAAGUGAUUAGAGACGACGAGCGAGUGUGUUUUCGGAGUGAUAGGACGUAUGAGAAUAUACGUAACAAGAAAGAACAACAGAAAAGGUGUUUCUACGGAAAAAUAUAUUUAUUUAAUAAAUAAUAAGUGGAAUCGAAAGAAAUUUCCAUUUACCGAAAGGUGUGUUUUUAUCGGAUAGCUAGCAGUAGUUAAUAUCCGUUAGCUAUGAUAUCUACAGAUCGAAGCUUUAGUAUUAUUACUAGUUUGAAAUAUAAUAAUAAAUACGUAGUAGCACAGUAUGACUAAUCGGACAAUCAGCUUUACCGCUUGCCGAGUAGUAGUCGGUGGUUCGUGUAUGGUCGUCGGAUCGCCGCGAUCUCAACGCGUUCGCGUCGUGUAUGCCUCCUGAAAUAGUAAUAGCAGCAGCAGCAGCAGCAGCAGCAGCAGUGGCAGCAAUAGUAGUGGUUACUUCUUCGUUCAAACAACGACAACUACUACUACGACUACGACGACGACGACGACGACGACGACGAAGGUGGCGAAGAAAGAGAAGGAGAAAGUGGGCGGUUACGAGAAACCUUCUGAAAGGGAGCUUGUUCCUGUAGAUAGGAGAAGGAAAGAUAAGAAGAGAAGCGAAACUCUGUUACAGCGCGUUAGAAGAAGAACAGAACAGCGGUGGGAGACAACGCUCGUGAAAAGGGUUGAAGGAGGAGGAAAGGGCGGAGUAUACGAGGGUGGCCACGAGGGAAAGGGACUUGAACGCAGAGAAGUUUCUGUCUGUCCGAAGUGGAUGGGGGUGAAAAUGUUCCGAGUGUUGCUGGCAUGUGUCUGGCUGGUUGCCGGCAGCCCGUUACAUCCCUGGCCGCUAAUACCCCAAAGAGCCAGCAUCACGAGAGACUCCUACAUUAGACACUACAGUCCAGCUUGGUACGACACAGCGGCGCUGAGGGAACAUCGAGCAAGAACUCGUCGAGAUACUUCAACUUCCAGUCGGUCAAAGGACGCAACGUUGAACCUACGUCUUCGUGCUCUUGACAGAGAGUUUAAGAUGAGACUCGUAAGAGACACCAGCCUCUUCCACGAAGAUACAAUUUUCGAAGGAUCGAACGACCGAAAUAUUGCCUUCGAUCCUUCCCACGUAUACAGCGGCACGUUGGAGGACGACGAAAAUUCUUUGGUUCACGGUAUGGUCACUUCCGAGGGUCUUUUCGAUGGAACUAUCUUCACGGCUUCCGAUGAGAUUUACAUCGAACCGGCUAACAGAUAUUCCUCUUCAUCCGUCAAUUGUCAUCGACUUCAUUCCGAAAACGAUUAUCGAUGCGGAAAUCAAUCCGAUGAUUUACGUCAUCAUCAUACCAUCGCUUAUCGUUCGAAAGAUAUUUCUGUCUUACCAACUCAAUCCUGUGCAAGCGAGGAACUUUUUCAUCGAACCGGUCGAAAUCUAUUCAGGAACAACAACGAGACUGGAAGGAACGGAUAUCUUCUUGCUGGUGGCACAAUGCGCCCGUUUUAUCAACACGUAAAUGAAGGGACGAAUCGUGCGAAGCCAGGAUUCUAUCCAAUGGAUGCGAGGAAAAAGGACCCCAUGGCGUUCUCUCAUAAUCUCGAGCUUAUAGACAAAUUGUACAGAGAAAGAUAUGAAAAGAUCUUACGAAGAAAGAAAUGGAUCGAUCCGAAAAAGACAACCUGUAUGCUGUACCUGCAAGCAGAUCACACGUUCUUCGAACAUUACAAAUCGGAAGAAGCGUGCAUCGAAGUUAUGACUCGUCACGUUCAACGUGUUAACUCCAUUUACAGACACACAGAUUUUAAUCAGGAUGGACAACCGGACAACAUCAGUUUUAUGAUUAAACGCGUGAAAGUACACGGAGAGGAAGCAUUGCAAGAUCCAUCGUAUAGAUUUACGGGUAAUUACGGAGUUGAAGAAUUUCUCGAGCUAUUUUCCGAGGAAGAUUACGAUGCCUUUUGUCUCUCCUAUAUGUUCACUUACCGUGAUUUCGAAAAGGGUACGCUGGGUUUGGCUUGGACAGGUGAUCUCAAGAACGCAGGUGGUGUUUGCGAGAAAAACGGACAUUACAGAGGUAGCAUGAAAUCUCUCAACACUGGCAUAAUCACCCUACUCAACUACGGGAAGCACGUACCACCGACGGUUUCUCACGUUACCCUUGCACACGAGAUCGGCCACAAUUUUGGAUCUCCUCAUGAUCCCGACGAGUGUUCACCAGGCGGCGAGGAUGGGAAUUUCAUAAUGUUCGCAAGGGCUACGAGUGGCGACAAGCGGAACAACAAUCGAUUCAGUCCGUGCAGUCUCGUCUCCAUAAACCCAGUCCUAAAUACCAAGGCUCGUUCUCCGAAAGGAUGUUUCGCUGAGCCUCAGUCGGCCAUUUGCGGAAACGGCGUAGUGGAAGAGGGUGAGGAGUGCGAUUGCGGAUGGGAGGAGGACUGCAAUGAUCCUUGUUGCCACCCUCAACGGCUCCAUCAUGUCCCUCAUGAGAUACCUUGUCGCCUUGCCGAUGGCGCAGUUUGCAGUCCCAGUCAGGGGCCGUGCUGCACGUCGGCUUGUACUUUACGCAGCGGGGACAAGUGCAGGGACGACAACGGAUGCAGGGACGCGAGCUUUUGCGACGGCCGAGGUCCCCAGUGUCCGCCAUCCAUCAACAAACCCAACAAGACCAUAUGCAACGAGGAGUUCGUCUGUUACAUGGGGGAAUGCACUGGCAGCAUUUGUCUGGCUUACGGUUUGGAAUCCUGUCAAUGUAUCGCAGGACCAAAGGAUCCACCAACCAAGAGCUGUGAACUCUGCUGUAAAUUACCAGGAGAGAAUAAAACAUGCGUAUCGUCCUUCACUUGGAAUUCAGCCCCUUACGAUAUACCGGACAUGCUUUCAAAGCCUGGCACACCUUGCAACAACUACAAUGGUUACUGCGACGUUUUUCAAAGAUGCCGAGAGGUUGAUCCGAGUGGACCCUUGGCUACCUUGAGAAGACUUCUUCUAUCCGAUGCGAGUCUUGCUAACUUUCAACGAUGGAUCACCGAAUGUUGGUUCAUAGUUGCCUUGAUGAUUUUCCUUCCGCUAUUAUUACUGUGCGUUGUGACGUGGCUAUUGUGCAAACGGCGAGUACCGCGUAUGAAAAUCCUUCCAAUAGGUCAAGAAACUCGAGAAGAUGGAACGUCGAAUGAUGGUAGAAUACAAUCGAUGAACAUUUCGGACAUCAAAAAGCGUAUAGUCGAGGCUAUGAAAAGCAUCGUCUCGCCGCGUGAUAAGAGGAACGACGAGGAAUCUUUGCGGGCGAGUACCUGUAUCUCCAGGAUUCUACGUCUUCUAGAAAAAGACGGUACUCGAGCGGUCGAUCGUUCGGAAAAGCAGAGCUUGAACGAGAUCGAAGAGGUAGAAGGUAAGAAGAGAAGAAGUAGAAGUGAAAAGAGACGAGAGAAAAGGAGAAAACAAAUGGAAAAGGAAGAAUUGGAGAAGAAAGAAAAUAAGAGAACGCUCCUUCCUCGUGUCGAGUGCCAAGAGAGCGAGAGGAAUAUCGGACGAUGGCGAAGAAUCUCUUUUAUUCUACCGGGAAGAACUAUUCCUACCAACUUGACUUCCACUGGAGAAAACAUGACAACAAACUCGUACGACAUCGAACGAAAAGUUAGUCAAAAUUCGAUGAAUUAUCAAAGUGAAUCAUUGGUAGUGCCGGACACACCCGAUACGCCGAUCGAUAUGGUCGAAGGAAGAAUACAAACGUCAGAUUUGACAGUCCUCUUAUCAGAAAGUUAGUCGUGGGAUAGAUUUGUUUUCUUCUAUUCGACUUCUUGAUUACAUUAUUGAUGAACUACGAAGUCGGAUACAGCUGGGUAUUCCGAAGAGUUUGUAAAUGUUGUAUAUAAUCGUCGAAUCGAUAAGUAUAUUAUAUUCGUGUCGAUCGUAGAAAAAAGCAUCUAGAAUUCGAUAUAAGAAUGAAAAUGAUCGAAUAAUAUGAAAGAUAUGAAAGAUUCGUAUUUUAAUCGAGUAUAGAAGCGGACCAAUCGUAGAGGAGGUCGUCCCGAAGUUUAGUAUUGAUGUAUGUAUGCGUGUAGAAGAAUGUAUAAGUAAUCUCGAUCAUUAUUGUAAAAACAAAAAUAAAUCCUAUGCUACUAAUUCACUAUAA